AUGCUGUCAACUUGUUCUGCUUUUGUGCUUUUCCAGAUCAUAACCUACAGAGAUUACCUCCCACUCCUGCUUGCUGGGGAGAGUAGCAAGUGGAUCCCUUCGUACAGGGGGUACAAUGAGAGGGUGAAUCCAACAGCCUCCAACGUGUUCUCCUUGGCUUUUCGCUUCGGUCACACCUCAGUGCAGCCCUUUGUGUCCCGUCUGAAUGACAGUUUCCAGCCUUUGGGGUCCUUCUCCCACGUCCCUCUUCAUCUGACCUUUUGUGCUACAUGGAGGAUUAUAAUGGAAGGUGGCAUCGACCCACUGGUCCGGGGGAUGCUGGUGGAUCAUGCAAAGCUGAUGAAACAGAAUCAAAUGCUCGUCGAUGAGCUCCAGAACCACCUGUUUGAGCAGACAGAGGUGAUGGGUCUGGACCUAGCAGCUAUGAACAUGCAAAGGGGAAGAGAUCAUGGCCUUGCAGGUUACAAUGCCUGGAGAGGCUUCUGUGGGCUCUCCCAGCCUCAAACCCUAGAAGAAUACGCUGAGGUUCUUGGCAAUUCGAAACUGGCCAAGAAGUUCAUGGAUGUGUAUGGGACACCAGAUAACAUCGACCUCUGGAUUGGGGCCAUUGCAGAGCCCUUAAUUCCUGGGACCAGAGUUGGACCUCUCCUGGCCUGCAUCAUUGGCACCCAGUUCAGGAACCUGCGGGAUGGAGACAGAUUCUGGUGGGAGAACCCAGGAGUUUUCACUCCACAGCAGUUGGAAGCACUGAGAAGAAUCACAGUGUCCAGGGUGUUCUGUGACAACACUCGUAUCAGAAAGGUACCCAAGGACGUGUUCAAGAUCAACAAUUACCCUGAGGACUUUGUGGACUGUGAAGAGAUCGAUGCAAUUGACCUCUCACCCUGGAAAGAUGAACCUUGGAGUGGCACAAAAGGUUCUGCUGAUGAGGCCAGUGGUGAAAACCCCUAA